AUGUCACGUGAUUUUAUCGGAAGUAAAAUAUCCAUUAUAACAAAAUCUCAAUGCCGCUACGUGGGAACGAUCAUUGGUAUCGAUGCGCAGUCAUCGUCCAUUGUUCUCGGUAGUGCUAAAUGUUAUGGAACGGAAAAUCGUGCCGGCCAUGUAACAAAUGGUCAUACACCUGGCACAGUAUUGCCAAUCGUGCACUUUGCUAAUAGUGAUAUCGAUGAUCUGAAAAUUGUCGAUGAGGAAUCGACACCGGAAACUCUGCAAGGUCAAUCUCAGUCAAUGUCUACUGCUUCAACACAACAAGCAUCGAUUCAUGACGAUCCUGCGAUUGUUUCAGCUGUUGUUGGUGCAUCGAACAAGGUCAAUCCGUCGAAUUUAUCAGUAUCCAAUCGACUGAUACAUAAUCUUCAACAUAUGAAUUUAUCCGACAAACCAUCGACUACAUUGUCAAAGAACGAUGGUGAAAUAGGUGCAUCCUGGUCAUCGUUGUUGUCAUCAUCCGAGUUUGAACGUAAUAAUUCCAAAGUAGCGUCUCGACAACAAUCCGAUCAUAAAAGUAAAUUUUUCGACGAUUUUAUUUCCAACAACAACGACACAAAUAACAGACCAAUUCAAUCGCAAGUGUUUCGCUCUUAUCAACGUUCGUCUAAUACGAAUGCUACACAAACAGCACGUGACAACGGACAACAUUUCAACGGUCGAUAUGAAGAUAACGGUCUACCUGCCCGACAACCAUUCUUUUCCAAUGAUCGUCCAUAUCCUCAAAGUCAACAACACCAAAAUCGCUACCAGAACGGCCAUCAACAACGACACUUUCACAAUAACCGUCGACCCCAAAUGCCUAAUCACCAACGCCGAGGUGGCAGCAACAUGGGUGGUGGAAAUCGCGAAACAUUUCAAAACAAUGCCAAUGAUUACGAUGCUGAUUUUGACUUCGAAACAAGCAAUCAAAAAUUCAAUAAAUUAACAAAUGAAGAUGAAGUCAAAGAACAAACUGAUUUAAUAUUAAAAGCAGACGUUGACACUGAUCAUUCAGUUUUAUAUGAUAAAAAGAAAUCUUUCUUUGAUAAUCUCGUCAUCAGUGAACCUUCCGAUCCAUCAGCACCUCGUACACACAAUCGAUCGAAGAACAGCGAUACAUUCGGUAGUGAUGCAUAUCAACGCUCAAAUCCUCGCCCGAACGGCUAUGGCUAUCGCCGAUUCAAUAACAAUUAUCGACAACAUAAUAAUAAUAAUAACGGAUAUCAUCAACGUUAUUAA